ACUACCACCGAAUCUGUUGGGGCAACUCGACGUGAACAAUGCAAUACACCGUUAUGUAAAGCCGGACAGUUUUUGGUGAAAGAAACAAAGCAUUGCCAAUACUGCCCACGAGGCACAUUCCAAGACGAAGAGCAACAUACCACUUGCAAAAUGUGCCCAACUGAUCACACCACAGCAGCUCAAGGUGCGACAGCGGAAUCGCAGUGUUAUUCAACAAACCAAUGCGCUACUGGUGAGGAUAACUGCUCAUGGCAUGCUCAUUGUAUAGAUCUCCCAGACGACAACGAUGUGCCGUCCUUCCAAUGUAAAUGCAAGCCAGGAUACCGUGGUAAUGGCACCUAUUGUCAAGAUGCUUGCACGAAUUACUGCCUCAAUGACGGUGUUUGUAAGAAGAAUCCUGUUGGUUACGUGGAAUGUGCAUGUAAGGAGAACUUCAGUGGUGAACGGUAA